GUGGAGACACGAUUGCUGGGGAGUCUCGGACGUCUAUUUCUUGUGGAUAAAAAGAGUCGGCUGGCGUCUUGCAGAUAUCGCAGCUAGUAACUACUGAACUUGGACAAGUCAAAGAUGUGUGGGUAGGAACGAUCGGACGCUACGAACGGAGCAUGUCGGGCAUCGCGACGAACGGGGCCUCCUGGGCAUCGCUAGGAACGGAGCAAUGGGUUUCGCUAACGAUGGUGUUCGUGUCGACGCUCCGAACAUCCUCUCCACGAGCUCCGGCGAACAGUUCCAGUGCUAAAUCGACACGCCGAGACUCGUGGAGAGAUUCUACGACCGAUACCGAUCACAGGAGUGGCUCAAGGGUCAUUCGCUAUUCCCAGUGGCUCACGUGUGAUUGGAGCUGGAAUAGCAAUGGGCAGAAUGGCUCCCAUCCGUUCACUGCUCUUGAUUCUCUUCAUGGGUUGCUCCAUGCAGUGCUUCUUGCAGACCAUGCCAGUGGAGAGUCGCGUGGCCACCAUGGCCAAGAAAACGAGCAGUGAUAGUGGAGACUUGGUACCUCCAAAAAGACCGGGUACUGCCUACAUGGGUUGGUUGAAGGACAACCGGGCAAGCAUUGUGAAGAAGGUAGGCACGAACUCCGUGACAGAUGUUGCCAAGGAAGCCGGCAAACAGUGGAAGGCACUCUCAGCUGCCAAGAAGAAGCCGUAUGAAAUGGCAUACGCCAAAGCCAAGGCUGUCUUUGACAAGGAAAUGGCGGCCUUCAAAGCAGCAGGGGGCGUUGUACAAAGGAAACAAAAGCGCGUUUCCAAGAAGGCUGCACGAGAUCCUAACAUGCCAAAGAAACCCUUGUCUGGCUACCUCUUGUUUAUGGCAGACAACCGUGCGAAGAUCGUCAAGUCUUUGCCCAAAGACCACAAAGCUACGGAGGUCAUGAAAGAGGGAGGUGCACAGUGGAACAAGCUGACAGCUGCUAAGAAGAAGCCAUAUGAGACAAAGGCUGCUAAGCUGAAGGCUGAGUAUGUCGAAAAGAUGGAAGCCUACAAAGCCUCCCUAUGAUGCGUUAUAUUGUAAUAGAGUGGCGAGCAGGGGUAUGGGUGACCCUGGUAAAAGCACAAAAACAUCUUUUGGCAACUACUUUACCUGAAGUCCUAUAGAAUCAAGAAUUGUGGUUUCCAAACACUGCAGAAUAUGCCACUUCUUCAAUGUCGCCAAGACAUACUUCAAAGCUGGGCCCCAGCUAUCCCCAGCUUUUCUGUCUUGUGCCAUCAAUGUCCCUAAUUUGUCGCUGACAGACGAUACAAACAGGAUCAUCCGAGACGUUCCCACCAGAUACACAGCCGCGUGGUCUCUCCACGCUGUGUGGGGCACCUGGUCUCUCGUGUGAAAAAAGAAUCGCCCGCUGAAAGGAGAGGAGAGGAUCGUGUCUGAAAGCACUGGCCUCCAACCUAAAGAAUCGUGUCCCUUUUCUGGUUUGCGCCAGAUGUUGAAGAUCC